CUCGGCCUGUGCAUGACUAUUAUUAUUAUUAUUUUCUCGAGAAAUACAAUCGCGAUGUCGAUAACGCGCGGGCUCUCAAUGUUUGCCUUUGCGCCGCCGCCGACCGAUAACACAGAGGACACGACGGCGACGUCAUAAGUCCUAACCGUUUCCAUCGCCGCCGCCUCCGAGACGUUAUUUAUCAAUUUAUCUCGCCGGACGCUUAGGAAAAUUAUUAUAUCUCCGCAACGAUACGACUCGACGGCGUUGUAGUAAUAUAUUAUUUACAUCGCGUAGACGACGACAUUUUAACGUCGUAAACCACAGACUGCAGCCACCAUCGAGUCUCGUGACCUGCGGCGGCGACGACGACGGUUGAACUUGACCGGUGGCCGCCGACGGGAAAAGUGAACGUUUUUCGGCGAACGACUGUGGCGGCGGCGGUGGUGGCGGUAAAAGUAGGUCAGAGUAUAUUAGUACGAGUUCCGCGCGAGCCGGUGGUAGCAAUAAUCACUCGCAGUCCGCCGCGGUCGAUGAUUGUACGUUGAUUGUGCACGCUUAUCAUUCGAUUUCGUCCGUUUGUUUUUUCCCUUUUCAUUCACCACUCUCCCGCAACUUGUCCGCCGGCCGGCCCGCGCGACGACCACCACAAUAAUAAUAUUAUAAUAUUGCGCCCGUGUGUGUGUGUGUUUUCUACACAUUAUAUAACGUUAUAUUGUAGUCGCACGGUUUAUACGCGUUCUCCGCAUUCGAUUGUUGUUGUGUCUGCCUGCCAAUUGUUAUUGCGAUCGUUUCUCCGCGCCGCAGUCCACCCGCAGCCGUCAGUCGCCGCAGACCGUCUCACCGCCUCAGACGCGCACACGCACGCGACCAGAACGGACGCCGGCAGAGCCGACAACCACCUGUUGUACAGUCGCGGUUCAGUUGUGUGCCGAGCCGUACACGUCCUCCUGCCACAGCGGUCGUCUGCCGAUGUUUUCUAAGAACAGUGGACACUACGAUCUAGUUAACGAACAGUCCAAAAUGAGUACCUAGUGAUAACAAAUAAAUAGAUUGUUUGAAUUACAUUUAGUUGGAAAUUAAGUGUCUCAGCUCAUAAAGACACUUUAGAAGAAGCUCUUCGUCUGAUAAGAACGUCCUUAAACUCCCCUCAAAUGGACGUCGAGGGGGCCCAUUAUGAUCAGAACAUCACUCACCUGAUUGUUGUGAUGGGUGCUUCGGGAGAUUUAGCAAAAAAGAAGAUCUACCCAACUCUUUGGAUGUUGUUCCGCGAUAGGUUAAUUCCAGACAAGACAUUCAUCUAUGGAUAUUCCAGAUCAAAAUUAACCAUGGAACAAUUGAUUAACAACGUUUCACCAUAUUUAAAAUGCAACGAAAAUGAGAAAGAACGGCUUGCCGAGUUCUGGUCUUAUAAUUUCUACAUUGCUGGAUCGUAUGACAGUUCUGCUGACUACCGUACUUUAAACGUAAAACUUUCCAAACACGAGAUUGCGGGCAUCUCUAAUAGGUUGUUCUAUUUGGCUAUACCGCCCUCGUUAUUUGAAGUGACCACCUCUCACAUUCAUGAAACAUGCAUGGAUCAUAAGGGAUGGACUCGUGUUAUCAUUGAAAAGCCUUUUGGUCGGGAUGCUGCUAGUUCAUUGGAACUUAGUGACCAUUUGGCCAAAUUGUUCAGUGAAGACCAAGUGUACCGUAUUGAUCAUUAUUUGGGUAAAGAGAUGGUUCAAAAUCUCAUGACACUCAGGUUUGGAAAUAGAAUAUUGAACACUGGAUGGAACAGAGACAACAUUGCACAGGUGCAAAUCACUUUCAAAGAACCAUUCGGUACAGAAGGUCGUGGUGGAUAUUUUGACAGUUUCGGUAUAAUCCGUGACGUGAUGCAAAAUCAUUUACUUCAGAUUCUUAGCUUGGUGGCUAUGGAGAAGCCAGCUACCAUACAUCCUGAUGAUGUUCGAAAUGAAAAAGUCAAAGUACUUAAAUGUAUACCAAAAGUGCUAAUGUCUGAUGUGGUUUUGGGACAAUAUGUUGGUAAUUCGGAAGCUACAGAAGAACACAAGAAAUUUGGGUAUUCUGAUGAUAAGACUGUACCAAGUGGAUCAAAAACAGCCACAUUUGCAUCAGCUGUAUUGAAAAUUAAUAACGAACGUUGGGAUGGUGUACCUUUUAUACUGAAAUGUGGAAAAGCGUUGAAUGAACGCAAAGCUGAAAUCCGAAUUCAGUAUCAUGAUGUGCCUGGUGACAUUUUUGGGGGAGUCCUGAAGAGAAACGAACUUGUCAUUCGUGUCCAACCAGAUGAAGCUGUAUACAUUAAGAUGAUGACUAAACGACCUGGUAUUGGAUUUGAAAUGGAAGAAACUGAAUUGGACUUAACCUAUAAUAAUCGUUAUAAGAAUGUCAAGUUACCAGAUGCUUAUGAACGAUUAAUAUUGGAUGUGUUUUGUGGUUCACAAAUGCACUUUGUGCGUGCUGAUGAGCUUUCAGAGGCUUGGCGAAUAUUUACUCCUCUUCUCCAUGAAAUUGAAUCGAUUCAACCUGAACCAACACCUUAUGAGUACGGUACUCGUGGACCUGCUAAAGCUGAUGAUCUUUCUCUUGCAAACAAUUUCAAGUAUUAUGGAUCUUACAAAUGGGUGAAACCUCAUUCUUAGUUUACUUUUAAAUAUUGUUUUUUAUUUGGAACAAUAUAAUUUAUAUUAUAUAUUUAA